AUGGCUUUGAAAAAGGUGAAAGGUAACUUUGAAAGAAUGUUCGACAAAAAUCUUACUGACUUAGUUCGUGGGAUCAGAAAUAACAAAGAUAAUGAGGCAAAAUAUAUAGCGCAAUGUAUGGAAGAAAUUAAAUUGGAGCUGCGACAAGACAAUAUUGGAGUGAAAGCUAAUGCCGUCGCAAAACUAACAUAUCUUCAAAUGUUAGGAUAUGAUAUAUCCUGGGCUAUAUUUAAUAUUAUAGAAGUAAUGAGCUCUAACAAAUUUACCUUUAAACGCAUUGGAUACUUAGCAGCUAGUCAAUCAUUUCAUGCAGAUUCUGAACUUCUCAUGCUUACCACAAACAUGAUAAGAAAAGAUUUAAAUGCUCAAAACCAAUAUGAAGCUGGAUUAGCACUCAGUGGUCUAAGUUGUUUUAUAUCACAUGAUUUAGCCAGAGACUUAGCUAAUGAUAUCAUGACACUGAUGAGCUCAACUAAACCAUACCUUAGAAUGAAAGCUGUUUUAAUGAUGUAUAAAGUAUUUCUACGAUAUCCAGAAGCUUUAAGACCAGCAUUCCCUAAGUUAAAAGAAAAAUUAGAAGAUCCUGAUCCUGGAGUGCAGUCAGCAGCAGUAAAUGUUGUAUGUGAACUAGCCAGGAAGAAUCCUAAGAAUUAUUUGUCCCUAGCUCCCGUCUUUUUCAAAUUAAUGACAACAUCUACUAAUAAUUGGAUGUUAAUUAAAAUCAUCAAACUGUUUGGUGCCUUAACCCCAUUAGAGCCCCGACUUGGCAAGAAACUGAUAGAACCAUUAACUAAUUUAAUACAUAGUACGACGGCCAUGUCGCUCCUGUACGAGUGCAUCAACACGGUGAUAGCUGUGCUGAUAAGUAUUAGCAGCGGCAUGCCGGGCCACGCCGCCUCCGUGCAGCUCUGCGUGCAGAAACUCAGGAUACUCAUUGAGGAUAGCGAUCAGAACUUAAAGUACUUGGGUUUGUUGGCUAUGUCUCGAAUACUUAAAUCCCAUCCGAAGUCAGUUCAAGCUCAUAAAGAUUUAGUGCUGGCCUGUUUGGACGACAAGGACGAAUCUAUCAGACUGAGAGCACUCGGCCUACUGUACGGAAUGGUGUCAAAGAAGAAUCUAAUAGAGAUAGUGAAGAAGCUGAUGGUGCACAUGGAGCGCGCGGAGGGCACGCUGUACCGCGACGAGCUGCUCACGCGCAUGAUCGAGAUCUGCGCGCAGAACAACUACCAGCACGUCGUGCACUUCGAGUGGUACAUCACUGUGCUUGCUGACCUCACUGAGAUGGAGACCAGUGCUAAACAUGGCUGCAUGAUAGCUGCGCAGCUGCUGGAGGUGGGCGCGCGCGUGGCCACGACGCGCGCGUUCGCGGCGCGCGAGUGCGCGGGCGUGUGCGCGCGCGCCGCCGCCGCGCCUCCGCGCGCCGCCUCGCGCGAGGUGCUCUACGCCGCCGCCUUCGUGCUCAGCGAGUAUUGCGUCGAGGAGGACGUGAUGCGCGAGUCCAUCUCUGCGCUGACGCAGUGCGCGGGCGCGGCGGCCGGCGCGCACAUGCGCGCGCGCGCCGUCUGCGUGCACGCCGCGCUCAAGCUGGCCGCGCGUCUGCUGCGCGCCGCCGAGGCUCGCGGCGACCGCGCUCUCGUGCUCGCCGUACUGCACGAGACGCUGGCGGGCAUGCGGCCGCUGCUGAGCAGCGAGGACAUGGAGGUGCAGGAGCGCGCGCACAACGCCACGGCGCUGCUGGCCGCCGUGCUGCGCCGCCUCGCGCCCGCCGACCCCGCGCUGCCCGACCACGCGUCCGCCGUCGACACGCCCGCCGUCGACACCCUCGUCGACCACGACCAAAGCAAUGGAAUAGACAUUGUUGAAACUAUAGUGAAUGGAGAAGAAUCUAGCGAAAACAUGAGCGGAGGACUUAUUGAGGAGCUCGCAAAUCUCUUUGAGGGAGAACUAAAACCCGUCGCACCCAAGGCACAGAAAAAAGUACCAAUGCCGGCCGAUUUGGAUCUGAACCAGUGCUUGUCGCGGGACCGCUGGUCCUCGGACAGCUCCAGCUCCGAGGGCGAGGAAGACACCGGCGUGAUAUUCGCGGCGGCGCAGCCCGACGCCAAGCCCGUCACACAGUUCACGCCUGAGGAAUUAGAAAUGCUGCGCGAGGCGCGCCGCCAGGAGCAGGCCAACAACCCGCACUACCUGAAAGACGAGUCGCCGCGCUCGUACCACGACGACGUGCCCGUCGCCGAGAUCGCGCUCGAGGUGCCGCUCAAGGUGCAGACUAAGAGAUCUGAUAAGUACUUAAUUACAAAGGAGAAUUCCAAGAAAUCUAAAAAAGAAAAGCGAACGUCAAAGAAACGAAAGAACAAAACUGAAAGAAAUUCCUCGGAAUCUGACAGUGAUAUGUCGGCGGGGCGCGGCGCGCGGCCGGCGGUGGCGGAGGGCGGCGAGCUGCCCGACGGCGCCGCGCCCUCGGACGACGAGCCCGCGCCGGCCGACGACGUGCACCGCGCGCUCGACCUCGACCUCGACCUGCCACUUCGAGAAGAAGAGUUGCUUGCGACGAGGAUACAACAGUAUCCGUCACCAGAGGGCGGUCUAUUGAAUAAGAAAAAAGAAUCAAAGAAAAAUAAAUCAUCAGAAAAGAGAUCAUCUGGAAAAUCUGGCCAUAAGAAAAAAGUAAAAAGCUCUAAGCAUAAUAAGGAAGUAGAUCUAAUGUUACCUGAACUCGCCAUCAAUGAUGUAGAGGAAACCCAGCUUAUAGAAACUGGAGAGGGCAACUCUAACAAAAUGACGCUCGACGCUAGCAUUGCCGCUAAUGACAAACCUCGAGAGAAAGUUAAGACUGAAAAACAUAAGAAGUCGAAAAAAGAAUCUAAAGAUAAGGAGACGAAGAAGAAUAAAACUUCCAAGAAAGGUAAACAUGAAACAAAAGUAGGAUACGAGGAGGCACUAGGUAUUUCCACGCCCAGCAAAGAAGUUAUA